UUGCCCCCAUCGAAAUAACAUCUGGAUGAUGUCAGAAAAAUAAAAAAUCGAAAUAGCAUCUGGAGCGCCGCUCCCUGCCUCCGCACCUCCAGUCCAGCGAAACGGCGGCCGGCGAUCGAGGCGCGGCUUCCUUUCCUGGCGCACGGCCAUCCCCCCAUCCGCUCUCCACUCCGGGAACGGCACAGUGGCAGGAAACAAUCUGAAUCAAGGCAAGGAUUUUUGUCGUGAUGUCCUUCCUGAGACUGUUACCUCAAAGGUUGCCCCAGUUUGUUAGUCAGGUGGAGCGAGAUGUUGAGACUGUAAUCAAUGUUCUGCAGCCAGGUCCAACAGGAAUCGUGGAGCAUAAAUUCACUGAUGCAGAGAUCCGCGAGGCGAAAGGCACAGUAAGGAGCGCAGUCCAGAACUGGCGAAGGAACUGGAAUUUGGAGAGAAAUCUUGCCACUGGUUCUUUUGGUAAAUCGAAGUAACUCUCUGCAUCAUGACUUGGUGCAGCACCAACACUGAAAAUGAAAGUGUGUCGUGGUUGCAACUGUUGGCCUUGGUGUAGUUGGUAUGUUUUCUCUGUCAGUGGACCCAUGCAAUUGAUGGUGAUAUCCUUCCAUGAUCUAUUAUCAGUGAAAGUACACGUUGUUUUGAGUUUCCUAAAUUGUUCCUCUAACAUCUGAGGUUCUUAGUAAAUUGGUUUAGCCUGGAAAGGACUGCUGAACAUCUCUGUAAAAGAAGGCGGUCAAGUGGUUCAGGGAGCAGUUUGCACCUGUUUAUAUCACAGUUGAAUUCCGUUUUUUGAAAAUGAGUAAGCUGUCUUGCCACUCGGAUGUUGUAGUCCGAACCAGAGAAUAAUUGAUUGA